ACCACACAAACACCACAUUUAAGCUCAAGGUUGCCACCAAAAAGACGUCCGCACACACAUCUACACACAGAAAAACCAUCAAGGCCAUCAAGCCCCUCGUCUCCGCCCACCAAUCCGCAAUUUUGACUGUUCGACGACCACCCCGCCAUGGACCAAGCAGCUCGCGGCGCGGCAGCUCUCAAGGACAGCAACUACGAGGAAGCCAUAACGCAGUACACGGCGGCACUCUCCGCAAAUCCAAAUGCCGUUCCUUACUAUAUACAACGCUCCAUGGCGUACCAGCGAAGCGGCAAAUACAGCGAGGCUCUCGCCGACGCUGAAAUGGCCGUGGUUCUCGCACACCGGCGCGCAAGGCGGGAACAGAUCAAGGACGCGCAACUGCGACGUGGCAUUGCACUUUUCUUCCUAGAGCGUUACGCGGAUGCAGAAUUUGCUCUUAGCAUCGUGCAGCGGCUGGAUGCGAAGGAAAAGACGUUGCAAGUUUGGCAGAUGAAGGUUGCGAAGAAGCUGAAGGAGUUGGAGGAGGGCGAUGAGCGGGGCAAGGUCACAGCAGUGGAGAUUCCUGAUGUGGAGCCCCCAAGCACGUCCACUUCAAAGACAAUCAAGAGCGAGGCGGUCAAAUCAGAGGAGCCGGCCCCGCCUGCAGCUCUAAAACCUAUUGUCCCUACUCCGGCCAACAAGAUCAAGCAUGAUUGGUACCAGAGUAAUGAGAAUGUCACAUUCACGUUGCUGGCGAAGGGCGUGUCGCAGUCCGAGGCGAAGGUGGAGAUUGACAAGGACUCGCUGAACAUAUCCUUCCCUAUUAAAGACUCCUCCGACUUCAACUACUCCCUCGAUCCUUUCUAUGCCCCUGUGGAUCCAUCGCAAUCAACCUUCAGAAUCACACCAACAAAGAUUGAGGUUACGCUAAAGAAGGCCACACCGGGGAUCAAAUGGCAUGCACUCGAAGGCGACCACGAUCCCUCUGACCCAUCCGAGCACAAGACAUCCAUUCCCUCGCACAUCCUGGCCCCAAAGACAAAUGAACAACCACCCGCCUAUCCAACGUCCUCGCGCAAAGGUGUAAAGGACUGGGACAAAGUUGCGAAGGACCUUACCGCGAAAAAGACCACGCCCGGCGAGGACGGCGAUGAUUACGGGGACUUGGAUGAUUUCGACGGCGACGAGACCACCCGCUUCUUCAAGCAUCUGUACAAGGGGGCCGAUCCAGAUCAACAGCGAGCUAUGAUGAAGAGCUACCAGGAGAGCGGUGGGACCGUGUUGAGCACCGACUGGAGCAACGUUGGUAGCAAGACGGUGGGACCUGAGCCUCCAGAUGGUAUGGAGGCGAAGAAGUUCUAAGAAUGCUGUUCGACUAUAGCUUCCAAAAGGUGUGAGAGACAGGUUCUUCUACAUGGCUGUGUGCGAGAAAGUAGGGAGAAAUCGGUGCGGGGUGAUAGGCGUCAAGAUUAAUUAUUAGCGAUGCAUGGCGGCUGUGCUUUGAAAUCGGCGCAGGAUAUGAAACUUUUACACACCUUUACUAUGGCUGAGCAUUGUGAUGGACUCGAUCUGCUUUCUCACGAUCUGUGCUGAGCGAAUCCAGGGGUGUAAUGAGAGUGUCCAGACCGCUGUAGUAACCAAU